AUGGUCCGGAGUGGUUUCUUUCUGCCUUUGUUCGGAUUUGGUGUGGUGCAUGCGUCUCUGUACGCUAACUCGACGAGGCAAAAUCACACCUGUUGGCUUGACAAGCCUGUAUUGUCCUGCUCGCAGGCGUCAUUUAACCUCGCGGAUUUAGAUACUUGCUGUACCGAAACCUACGGUGGUCUUGUAGUCGCAACACAGUUUUGGGAUACACACACUGGCAUGGAGAAAUCGGGACAACUAUUGCCUAACAAUCACUGGACAAUUCAUGGACUAUGGCCUGAUUUCUGCAACGGCACAUUUACACAGUACUGUGACCUGAGCCGCCAAUAUGAUCCCCAUCCUUCACCAAAGACGCAGAAUGGCGAGGAAGACGGCACUAUCGUUAAGCCUUGGAAUGGAACCGGUGUGGACGAUUUUAUCAAGGAUUGGGGACGUCAAGAUCUUUUGGACUUCAUGAAUUCCUUUUGGGUUUCGCAGGGCAGUCCCAACAAAGACUUCUGGGCACAUGAGUUUAGCAAACACGGCACGUGUUAUAGUACAUUUGAUAUCCCUUGUUACGGGCCCAAAUAUCGGAAGCAUCAAGAGCUUAUUGAUUUUUAUGACACGGCAAUUCGUUACUACCUCAGUCUUCCUACCUUUGAUUGGCUUGCUGCUGAGGGGAUCACGCCAAGCAAUAAGACAAGCUAUAGUCUCGAUCAAAUCUCAAAUGCAUUGGAAAAACACUACGGAGCUAAGCCAUAUAUCGGUUGCAGCGGCCCUGAAUUCAAAGACACGGACGCUGGGAAACACAGUAACGAUAGUGGAAAUACUGUCCUCAACGAGGUUUGGUACUUCAACCAUGUUUAUGGUCCCGUGAGAAACGCAAACACAUCGCGUAUUGAUUCUUCUUCGCACUCGAGAUGUUCACAAUCUGACAAGGCUAUUUGGUAUUAUGAGCGCGCACCUGAAAGCGUUAAGGACGUUUCUAAGUAUAAAAAUGCUUUUGAGUGA